UUUUUUUCUCCUGUGGUUGAAUCGUGGCUAACUUCCUCAGCAUCCAGUAGCGCGACAGGGUGGUGUUGUUUGAGACACUUUGCCGUUUUUAAUAUGUCCUCAGAUAAACUGCCACGUAAAUAUUUGACCAACGAUCUUUCUUCGUGUAUGGAUUAGCCAUCUUCUCCAUCUUGCCCACAUGAGUAUGGGCAAGUGGCAUCCCCUCAGCAACCUGCGGAGCUACCUGGAACAUCAUCCCCCUGCAGUGAUCUUCUUCCUGUGUAUGCUCAUGCUGUCUUUGACCUUCAUUGGGAUUGGCUUCUAUACUCAGACCCACAGAGUGAGGAACCCAGAUUUGAAUCCUGACUGGAACGAAUUUCUGGAGACCAUAGCCAAUCUGAAUUACUGUCAGUCUGGAAAUGGAAGCGUUGAAGGGGAACUCGUCCCUGUGCCCAAGGGGAAGGACAGUGGACAGCCAGCAGACUCAGUGGCCAUUGAGCAGCAGUUCCUGAUGGUGCCUUUGCUGUUCAAAGGGAGCGUAGGAGGGGAAACACCUAAUAUCCUCAGUACAACACUUCUGGGGAAACAAUUGGGUUUCAAAGGAGCUGCUGAAAAAGAAGUAUUCAACAUGACCCUGAUCUUCUAUCCUCAUACGCAAACCACUGAUCCAAAACAGGACAGUCUGGCACCACUUACAUGCUUUCAACUGAGAGCACCAGCAGCCAUGCUGUCUAAAUCCCCGAGUCCACCGAAUUGUCCCGUCCGGCAGGAUGUAGCCAUUGAUCAUUUUAACACAAAGGUGUUUCCGACGGGCGUGGAUGUCCCACCUUCAUUACGCUGCCUCAAACUGGUGUUUACUCCUGAUGAACGGUUGACUGCCUUUCUGUCAGAGGAGGACCAAAUCUUGGUAGGGAAACAUUUGUUGUUUGUCAGUGCUGCUCUGUUGGUCAUAUGUGGACUGCUCUGCCUCAGUGCAAGUCUGCCCUGCAGCCGAUCUAGGCGCUACCAUGGAAAUGAUCUUGGUCUCCAAAAGGAUAUGUAAUAUGGGUUUUAAUUCCCAGGAGCCACUGCUGGAGUCCUGACUCCUGUCCACAGUUUGGACAUAGCAUCCAAGAUGGAGCUCAUUCCUAAAAAAAGAGAGAGAACGAUAAAGAUGGAAGAGGAUGAAACGUGAGAGCAAUAUUCCAUCUAGCGAAAGUCCAAAUGUCCAUUUACCAUUCCAUGGCGUUUUGCCAACAUGAUGGACAGCCCGGAUUGGGAAUGGGGAAGGAACGGAAAACUGCUUUUGGACCAAAUACAGCGAAAUGUGGAGGUCCAGCAAUGAGAACAUUUGGAUGUUGGGUCUAUUUCUUGUUUUGAAGAAGAGAAAUCCUGUGUCACUAAUAUCUUCACUCGUCGUACAGAUGUCAGUAAAAAAAAAAAAAAAACCUUUACCUGUGAAAUAAGCCUCACCUGACAAAAAUAAGAGAAAAGCAUCUAA